UAGCCAGCGCAUGUCGAUUAGAAAAUUAACUAAUUGUUUAUUACGUUUGUUUUUUAAAUAAAAAUGUUAAAAUCACUUCUUCGCUUAGCUCCUACGCGUAGUGUCCUGUGUCCAAAUCUUCAGGUAUUAAGAUCUGGGAAUCAGAGCUUGCUAACUGUCAGUGCAUCGCUGUUAUCGAAAACGUCGCGUAACUGCGCAAAGGUAGCCACAGAAGAGAAUGCUGAAAAUGAGACCCAGCCUCCCAAAACCCAUUAUAAUCCCUUCGCUCAGGAUAAUCUAGCCUCAAAUAUGGACAAAAACACAAACUCUGCGCCGACUGCCAGUGAAGAAGAACGCUCUAAACUGUUGAAGGUCCUACAACUAGAAGUGGACAUUGCUCAUCAAGAGGGCCGACGUGUACCGGCAUUAGAGUCAGUCACAGACGAAAACUGGGCAUUUAUACUGACACUGCCUUCAAAGUCGGCCCGUUACAAGUACUAUACAUACUUGUGGCAAAUCGAAGCAAAAAAGCAGGCUAAGGAGCGUAAAAAGGAAGAACGAGCGUUGCAAGUGCUGGAGCGCAAGGAAGAAAUGCGCAAAGAACGCGAAGCAAAUCCGCACAUCAUUUAUGGCUUGGGUCACACGUCGAUUUUCCUACGAAUCUACGAUUCGGCUAUCAACGACUUUAUGAACAACAGAUUAUCACGCGCUAUGCAAUUUUCGCCUAAAAUUGUGCUAGACUGCUCAUAUGAUAGACACAUGACCCGCCGAGAAUCACUGAACGCAGCCAAACAAUUGAUGUUAUGCUUUGCUGAGAAUCGCGCGCAUGAUGACCCUUUCGAUUUGCACUACUGUAACGUUAAUUUAGAUAGCGUGUCCAUUAAGGCCUUGAAACGUUAUAUACCUACCAUGCUGAAUCCGGAAUUUCCCAUGAAUGUGCAUGAAAAAUGUUUCACUGAGCUGUUUCCCAAGGAAAAUCUUGUCUAUCUAACGCCGCAUUGCCGCACAGAUUUAGAAGUGUAUAAUCCCGAUGAUGUGUAUAUAGUUGGUGCGAUGGUAGACACAGUCAAUAAUGAACCGCUGUCCUUAGGCAAAGCCAAACGUUUAGGCAUACGAAUGGCCCGGCUACCGCUCGACCGUUACCUACAAUGGGGUGCGGGUUCAGGGAAAUCUUUGACACUUAAUCACAUGGUAAACAUUUUGUUGGACCUGAAAAGUACCAAAGAUUGGGCACAAGCAUUAAAACAUGUGCCUCGCCGCAAAGUGGUCGAUAUGGCCGCAGAUGCGCAGCGACAGAGGCGUACAUUGGAAAAUCGCGCGAACAAACUAAACUUUCGUUUAGAUGAUAUUUUAGAUGAAAAUCAUAGAAAUGAAUGCAAUGUGCGUAAAUCAAACGUGAGAACGCCUAAGAAAAAAACCGAAUUCAAUUUGGAAACGUGGGGUUCCAAAAAGUAAAGUAAAAAUACGAACUAGUUGUCUAUUGUAAGUUUUUAGUUUCACAAUAUAAUAUAAGUUGUUAAAAAUA